CCAUCGACGUGGCUUCAAACGCCUGCCUGACAUCAACACCACGAACGCAACCAGAGAGGUGCCGUGCCAAUCCGCAAGCUCCGCUGACUAUGGGCACAUAAGCCCAUCUGCGCCAGCACACUCAACAAAUUCAGAGGGCUGGGAAUUGGAGCUGUCACACGAUGCGACUCGCAGCUUAUGUCGGGGCUUCGACAGCUCUAGCUGUGGGGGUGGUAGUCCAUGCAUUCAACCAGCGGCCGAAUUUCUACUCGGCGUGUGUUUAUUUGUCGCAGAGCAAUUUGUCUUUGAUGGUCCUUACAAACUUAACGCUCUUCAUCGUCGCAUCCUUCAUCUACUGCCUCCAGCGAAUAUGCUACGGCCCGUUACGUCCAAUCGAAGUCGAGCAGCUAUACGAGAAGGGAUGGUUCGCCAUCACCGAGACAUGUCUGGCCAUGACCAUAUUCCGCGAUGAAGUCGGGGCCUGGUUCCUCGUUAUGUUCGUGGGUUUAAUGGCCGGCAAGAUAUGGGGAUGGGUUGGGGAAGGCAGGGUGGAAAUACUCGAACAGCAACCGCCUGCAAACCCACGGCUUUUCCAUGUUCGUCUCUCGAUCUCCCUCACCAUGUCCAUUCUCUAUGACGCUUGGCUGCUUUCAUACUCUAUAAACUCGGUCAUCCAGCAGGCUAGGCCGAACAUGAUGGUUAUGUUCCUGUUUGAAUUUGCGAUUCUGACGGCGUCGUCGUUCUCGACAGCACUCCGGUAUGGAAUCUCUUUGAUCGAGGCCAGGAUCGUGAAGCAGCAGACGCAGGAGAUGCUGGAGAGCCGGAGGGGCGAGGUUAGGAGGCAACGACAGGAGAUGAUAAGAGAGAGGGAGGCUGCGGCUGCUAGCGGCGAGCCACUGUCAACUGAAGCGGCGGAGGAGCCGUUGCCCUCGGAAGAUGAUAUUGAAGAGAUGGACAUUGAACCACCUGGAUGGGAAACGAAGGGUCAUUGGGUGUUGACCCUUGACCUCAUGACCGAUUUCGUCAAGCUGGGUAUCUACUCUGCCUUCUUCUUUAUCCUUCUGACCUUCUACGGUCUGCCUAUCCAUAUUAUGCGCGACCUAUUCCUUACCGCGCGUUCGUUUCUCAAGCGCCUUAGUGCAAUCCUGAAAUACAGGAACGCAACGAGAGAUAUGAACCAGAGAUACCCCGACGCUACCGAGGAAGAAAUCCAGAGAGAAGAUACCUGCAUUAUUUGCAGAGAAGAGAUGACGCCCUGGUCUGUCACGAAUCCAGCACCAGGUGCUCCGGCAGCAGGCGCUCCGCGGCCACCUGUUGCUCGAAGCCCGAUAAUCAGCGAGCGAUCCCGGCCGAAGAAGCUACCUUGCGGACACGUUCUGCACCUUGGAUGCUUGAAGAGCUGGCUCGAAAGGCAGCAGGUUUGUCCGACUUGUCGCCGACCCGUCGUAGAUACCAGACCCACAGGAGCCCAGGCGCCGAGGCCAGGAGGCGGAGCCCAGCCCCAUCUCCCCGGCCAACUUCCCCUCCCGCAAGGCCCACCCGUUGCUGAUAAUAGAGCAAGGGUACACGUCGCCAGAGGGAUCAAUAUCGGACCCCUACGAUUUGCCUUUGGCCGUGACGAGAUGAUUGAUUUUGGCCCACCGCCACCGAACCAGCAAGCCUUCCCAGGCGUUCCGCCCGGCCAAGCCCCUAUCCCGCCCAACGCGCGCGUCUACGGGUUCGAGAUGGGAUUCCCGCCUCCACCCCAGGGGAUGAGACACCCCCACGCACCUCAGGGUCUGUAUGCCCCGCCUUCGGGGGCCGCAAAUGUGCAAUCCCAAUUACAGCAUCUCGAGCAGCAGAUCGUCCAGGAGAUCCAGAGUCUCUCCGUCGCGGAGGCGGAGCUUGUCCUCGUCCGCCAACUGCAAGCUGAGCUACUCCGCCUGCGCCAACUACGUGCACCUGACCACCAGCAUCCUCAGGCGGAAGCGCAACCGUCUGUCACGGCACCGGUGUCGUUUGUGCAGCGCCAUGAGCAUCUAGCGAGCACGACGGCGAUUCCGAGCGGGAGCCCGAAUUUGCCGCCUGGUGUUACGAUCCCGGAGGGUUGGUCGCUGUUGCCGUUGCAGAAUAUGGAUACGUUGUUACAGCCGCAGGCCGGGCCUUCGGCGGCACAAGAUGCAGCUCCGGCUGGGUUGGGGGGUCUAGCGGCGCAGCCGCAAGCCUCUGCGACUGAAGGAACGCCGGUUGCUGAGGUUACCCCAAUGGAUAUGAGUACUCCAUCGCUUGUGGCCGAUCCUAUAGUAGCUCAUCCAGAAGCUGCCGCAGAUUCUGCCCCGGUAGAGGUUGUGCCUAGUCCUCUCCUGACCACCCCUGGACCCUCUUCGGAUCCCACUCCGACGGUGCCUUUGGCAGAGCCAGCCUCGUCUAUAACCGAGGUUUCUGAAACUGCAGAUAGUGCAGCGGAGACUGAUGAGGCACCACUACCGGAUUGGAGCGCGCCGUUUGUGUUCCCUGGGCAGCAGGCGGGUGAGGCGGCUGGGGGUGAUGUAACGACUGCUGGUGCCGACCCGGGGAUACUUCCCUCGUCGGUGCAGGCGGAUGAAGUGCAGGAAACUGUGAGAGCGACUGGUGAUGUCGCUGCGAAUGGUUCAGCUGCACCUGAGGAGACGCAUACAUCAGAGGAAGAAGGGAAAGGGAAAGGCAAGGCUAAGGCUGCGAGCGUGGAGGAAGUCAAGGAAGAUGGGGACGCUUAAGGGAUGAGUGACCGAUAAACGGAAUGUAUGACUGGAAGGAAAAGAAAAGGGAGAGCGGGGGUUGUGGGCGGCGGAGAGCGUGAGCUGGCGUUUUUUGUAUCUUUUCGCGCCCCCAACUUAGAUUAUGGGGCUGGCGUCUGUAAGCUAUACCACUUUGUGUACGAGGAAUUGAAAGAUUGGGUUUAUUAUCGUAUGUGUGGUUGCUAUUGGGAUUGCCGCUGUGAUUGUGGUGCAGGGUAAUGGGCAUGGAGGAGGCAUGCAACAGCGCGUGAGGCCCUGUGUACCCCGACUUGGAUGUCUGCACGACGUCCAAGUCGGAGUACACACUGGACAAUUAAGUCUAAUCACAGCUCGAUCACAGCUCGAACAACGAAUGGUGUCAUGCACAAUAAAGUAGGGGUUCAAAAAAGGCACGGAACGCUGCACAAGGGCACAAAAGGAACGGAUAGGACCAUUUAACGUGUUAGAAAGUCGUGGGAAGAGUGGUAGUUGGACUAAGUUAAGCUAGAAAAGAUGGGUAACGGUAACCAGCAAUCAACAACUGAGACGCGUUAUGAUAAAUGCCGUCACAGCUAUAAGCUAAGAUUAUAUUUUUUGUUUUUUUGCCACAACUUUCUGGAUGGCUGUUGUGUACAUAGCAUACAUAUAUGAAUCAGUUACCUAACUAUAGGUAUAUAGUUCUCUUCAUGCAGCAUGCACCGCGUUAGGUCUUC